AGUGAUCUUUGUGAUGUGGGAAAUUAAGGACCAGCAUUUGCAGCUAAUAAUUUUCAUUUACAGCAACUCACAAGCAAUCAGACAGAUGCUGUCAUUUUUUGCUCAGACUAAAAGUUUUGUUUGCAAAUCUGUGAUUUAAAUGUUUUUGUUUUUUAUGCUAACUUUUUUGAAGGUAUUGUAUUAGAAUUUAAACUGUAGUUACAGUUUUGAAAUGAUCUAAAUGAUUUCUUAAAUGUUGCAUAUGGCUUUGUGAUAAUUUCUUUUUUCAGCUUGCUCAAAACAUCAAACGAAAAACCGCCAUGAGUUCUGUAAAUGCAAGUUUUUCCCAGAAUAUCUCCAUUGUUCGUCCUGAGUACUUUUUCAUCAGUGGACUUUCAGGUAUACCAUACAGCAGUUAUUACUAUAUUUUCUUAUUUGUCGUUUAUUUUAUAUCUGUAAUUGGGAACUCUGUAGUCCUUCUCAUUAUAGCUGUUGACCGGAGUCUGCACAGUCCAAAGUACAUUGGUGUGUUUAACUUGGCCUUGGCUGAUAUUGGUGAAACUAAUGCACUGAUUCCUAACAUGAUGAAGACUUUUCUGUUUAACUCUCAGUACAUCUCCUAUAAUGGUUGCAUGGCAAAUAUGUUUUUUGUGUUCCUCUUUAAUUCCAUACAGAGUUUCACUCUUGUUGCUUUGGCGUAUGAUCGAUUCAUUGCAAUUUGUUUACCAUUGAGAUAUCAUGCUAUUGUGAAUAAUACCAGUAUGAUCUUAAUUUUCCUAGCAAUAUGGGCAUUUAAUUCUUCUGUGGUAGCCUCUAUGGUGUCUAUGAUCACUCGACUUUCAAUCUGUAAAUCAAAUGUAAUACCAAGUUAUUUUUGUGAUCAUGGACCAAUAUUUAGGUUGGCUUGUAAUGACAUCAAAAUUAAUGAGUUUUUUGCUUUUUUUAUCUCGAUUUUAUAUCUUACCAUGCCAAUGGUCAUUAUUGCCCUUUCAUAUCUGAACAUUUUUCUUGCUUUGAUCAAAAUCACAACUUGGGAAGGACGGUUAAAAGCAUUGAAGACCUGUGUGUCCCACCUGUUGUUAGUAGGAAUAUUUUUUCUCCCUUUACUCUGCACUUACAUUGCACAAGUAUUGCUUGCUCUUACUCCAAAUGCCAGGGUCAUCAGCACAUCUUUGUCAUAUGCUAUUCCACCAAUGUUAAAUCCUAUUAUUUAUGUUUUAAACACAGCUGAAAUUAAAUAUAUAAUUAGAAAAUUGUUUAAAAGGAGACUGAGGUCAGUUAGUGAUAACAUUUCAAAAUGAUUUUGUUCAUGCUGGGGUCUGUAUCAAAGUAAAAAAAAAUGUCAGUGAACAAUAUGCUGCUGAAUGGUCUGCUGAAAUAUUAUACUGUUAUCUAAACUUUGUUUAUUAUUCAAGUUGAUUUCAAGUGUCUGUGUUUCUUACUGUUAUCAAGACAGGUAAACAGGAGAAUAAACUUUUUGACUAUUAUUUGAAAUCAUUGCUGUAGAACAUUGACAUUUUGUAUUUGUUUAGGCACAUCAUUCAGUGUGAUCCAUUUUUGUUUUUAUAUUUUCUGCAAAAUCAUAAGAUAUGACACAUUAUUUGUAAUUCAUUGAUUCAUUCACAAGAGUAUGUUUGUCUGAGAUCUGCAGAUGUAAAUUUAGUCUGAAAGAAUCUUUACAAUGUUUGGGAUGAUGCCACAUUUGUGUGAUUAAAGACUUGUGUAUUGUUAAAGAUGCCUGUUCUUAAAUUUAAGUAAAUGUUGUUCAAUUCUGUGCAAUCCCCUGAUUUGUAUUUUCAAGUAUUGACAAAUUUCUCCUACUGUUUAUACAUGCUUAUUGUAUAACUAUAAUAUAAUAACUGCAAUUACUUGUUUAACUUUUUAUUACCACCUCAAAAAAGGUCAGUGAUGCCAAAUGUAUAAAACUAAAUCGUUUUUCUUACAUAUGCUGGUUGAAAUUAUGUAAUAUCUACAUAUUUAACUACUUGAGUAAAUUGUGGUUAAAAACAGUCAUGCUUUAUAAUUUGUAACUAAAUAUUAAAUAUUGCAAUAAUA